CAAACAGUCCUACUAGUAAGAAGAGAACAACAGAGUGUAUAUAAUCUAUGUUAGUCCCAGUCCAUGUUUGUUAAAAAAAAAAAAGACUUUAAAAGAAGCUUCCGUCGUUUACUCCCAUAAACAAACCCACCUUUUUUGCCCAUCAAAAAAUCCAGCAGCUAGUGUCAGAUAGAGCAAUGGCGGGUGAAGAAGAGAGUACACUGGACGGAGGAACCUAUUCAGAACUUCUAUUUGCCGACGACGAUGAUGGCGGCCUAGCAGGAUGUUUCAGUUUCACUACUUCAUCUUCCCCAAAAAUGCUCUGUUUUGGUAAUGAUACUCCCAUACUUGAAAAUUGUUCUGUACAAACACCAGAAGCAAAAACCCAAAAAUCUGGACUCACAUGCAGUGGAGAUUCACAAUCUGCUUGUUCAAGUAGCAACAUCAGCAAGCCCAAUAAAAAGCGAAAUGGCGUAGGGAAAGAAUCGGUUGAGAAAACAAAAGCUGGAAAUCAGAGAAAUUGCAAGAGGACAAAGCUUGUAGAAAAUUCAAAUGUGAGUAUAGCCCAUGCAAAGGUUAAGAAAGAGAAGCUUGGUGAAAGAAUCACAGCACUACAACAACUUGUAUCUCCCUUUGGCAAGACAGACACAGCAUCAGUGCUACAUGAAGCGAUGGGAUAUAUCAGGUUUUUGCACGAUCAGGUUCACGUCUUGUGUUCUCCUUACUUGCAGCGCCAGAGCCAGAGCCAGAGCCAGUCUCCCUCCUUACGUGAGGGCGGAGAAAGCGGGGAAACGGAAGCAUCGAGAAAUGAAGUGUUACUGAGGAGCAAAGGACUUUGUCUAGUCCCAAUAGAGCUCACUCUCCAUGUAGUUGCUACUACUGUCAACGGCGCUGAUUUUUGGUCACCUGCCGCCAUGAUGGACAACAAUAAUAUUACCCAAUGAACAAUCCCUUUCCUGUCUUUUUCUUGUUUUGGGGGGUUGAUAUAUAGGGGAAACCCCCAUUUUUGGAUGUAAAAAGACAUGAUCAAAACUAGUAGGUAUAGAGCAGUAGGUUUUGAACGCUGAUGGAAAACAUGGGGUUUGAAACUCUGUUGGGUGUUGGAAAUUGUAGGCUUCUAGGGAAAUGGAAAAGUGUUGCUCUUUUCAGUUCGAAAAGUAUUCCUCCACUCCUUUAAUUAA